AUCCGGUUGUACGGACUACGGAGCACACACGGUCGCCAACGGCUGUUCCGCACGUGGAAGAAUGGCUACCCCGGAUGUCGCCCCUCACUUUGGGGCGGAGUUGAAGGAUUCGUUUAAACCGGUCAACAAUUGGGUGUCGAAUGGUAUCGGAUGGCUGGAUGAGAUACAACAGUUUUACCGCGAGCGCAGCGCAAUCGAAAAGGAGUAUGCGGCAAAGUUAACGGCGCUAUGCAAGAAGUACUACGACCGCAAAGCCAAGAAAAUCAGCAGUUUGAGUGUCGGAGACACCCCUAGCAUGACCCCGGGCUCCCUCGAAAGUGCCUCACUUACCACGUGGUCGACACAAUUGAGCGCCGUGGAAUCGCAUGCCACUGAACGGGAUCACUUCGGUAACGACCUGCUUGUACAUGUCGCAGAACCGCUCAAACAAGCUGCGAACCAGUACGAAGAGCUCAGGAAGUGUCAUGUUGAUUUCCAUGCCAAGCUCGAGAAGGAGAGGGACUCCUCGUACAGUGACCUGAAGAAGGCGAAGGGUAAAUAUGAUGGCGCGUGCCAGGAAGUGGAGGCAAGGCGGAAGAAGAUGGAAUCUUCGUUCGACCACAGUAAGCCUAAGGCCCAGGCAGCGUACCAACAGCAGAUAUUGGAGAUGAACAACGUUAAGAACACAUAUCUCAUCAGCAUUAAUGUGACAAACAAGAUGAAAGAGAGAUUCUACCACGAAUAUGUGCCGGAGCUACUUGAUGGCCUGCAAGACCUUAACGAAACGCGUGUAACGAAGCUGAACUCGCUCUGGACAUUGGCCGCACAACUCGAGAAGAAUUACCUGUCGAAGAGUAUGGACCACAUGGCAAACCUCAUCAAUGAGAUUCCGCGCAACCUUCCACACUUGGACUCGCUCAUGUUCCUGCGCCACAAUGUCACACAAUCACAGGAGCCGGCCAACAUGACCUUCGAGCCGAGCCCAAUCUGGCACGACGACGACGCUCUCAUCACCGACGAAGCGGCCAAGGUCUUUCUGCGCAACCUGCUCAGCAAGAGCAAGACACAGGUGCGAGAGCUGAGAGUCGAGGCGGAUACGAAGCGACGCGAGGUGGAAACCGCCAGACGGGUCCGGGAGAGCAUCCGACAGGGCACGGACAAGCGCAACGAGGUGGAAGUUGUCCGAUCUAUAUUCUUCCAGCAGGAGUCCCUGCAUGAAGUUGACCGCAGGCGCCUGACUGCCGAGGUGGAGACGUCUACCAUCAUGUCGGCGGUGGGCGAUCUUUCGCUCGGAGCGCGCAACCACAAUUUCAAGUCGCAGACGUUCAAGAUCCCGACCAACUGCGACCUGUGCGGAGAAAGGAUAUGGGGAUUAUCCGCCAAGGGCUUCGACUGCCGGGAUUGCGGAUACACCUGUCAUAGUAAAUGUGAAAUGAAGGUACCGGCUGAGUGCCCGGGUGAGCAGACCAAGGAAGAAAAGAAGAAGCUGAAAGUGGAGCGACAAGAACAAGCCAACGCCGCCCCAGCACCACUUGAUCUAGAACCAACCACGAGCUCAUCCACUGCGCCAUCACUCACCCGCAAGGACACAAUGAAUUCGCUGAGCUCCGGCUACGCCGUCAGCGCCAACCGAUCUAUGUCCAAUGCCGCACAAUCUCCCACCACGACCGCAGCGGAGCUUCCCACACCCGUCGCAGAGACCAAGCCCGCCCCAGCACGGAAGAACCGCAUUCUAGCACCGCCACCGGCACAGUACAUCAGUGGUCCGCCCGCCAAUGACUCGGUGCCGGCGCUAAGCUCCAAGACCAACGAGCAGCAUGGCAAGAUGCUGUAUGCAUACCAAGCGGGCGGAGCUGACGAGGUGACUGUUCAAGAAGGGGACGAUAUCGUCAUCCUGGAGCCAGAUGAUGGUUCCGGUUGGAUGCGCGUACGGUCCGGCGGCGAAGAAGGGCUCGUCCCUGCUUCCUAUGUGGAAGCUGGGCCCGCACCUUCACCCGUGCCGUCCGCCAGCCCCGGCUUCACGGCUGACCGGCCAGGCUCAACGUACUCGAAUUCGUCGGCGUCGCUGACGGGCGGCGGCGGCGCCGGGGGCAACAAACGGGUCGGACCAGCUGUAGCACCGCGCCGGGGCGCCAAGAAGCUCCAGUAUGUGGAAGCGCUGUAUGACUACGACGCGCGCAGCGACAUGGAAUGGAGUAUGGUAGAAGGCGACCGGUUCGUGCUGGUGAACCGGGAUGGCGGAGAUGGGUGGGCCGAUGUUGAGCGGGGCGGGGUGACGAAGAGCGUACCGGCGAACUACAUUCAGGAAGUGUGAUGAUAUUCCCACGACCUGCAGGGGGUUGAGGCAGGCUGCACCUUUCACAUACGUUGUUCUGAUUCGAUUGUCAUUGUUACCUUGCAUCGGGAAGCCUGGGAGCUGGUUUGCUAGUAGUUUUUGCUUGUUUUGGUUUUGGCCGUUGUUGUUGCUUUUGGCUACUGUCUAUAUCCUCCGGCAUAUUCCUAAGUGGUAGUAGGUAGAUGAGAGGCGAGAAGUGCACAGUGCACAGUGCACAGUGCAGCAGAGCUAGUAGGGAGUUGUAAGUGGAUGGAUGAAGAUAUCUGUACAUAGGGUUGUUGAAGUGCGCGUUGUGAUUAUGGCAUGA